AAGGAGUGCGAACCAGUUCCUUUUUUUGGAAUUAGUGCGCAGAAGUGUAUCGUUUCUAGCAUCAUAGAAAGAACAGUUUACUUUGUACACUUUGUGCAUGUGAGUUGAUUGCAGCCGUAUUGCAAGACAAGGAAAAGCGUGUAUUAAUAUAUGUUGAGAAUCUCUUGUUCUUUGUGUCUAUGUUUUUGGAUUACGCGGCUGUAUGCGGCUGCUGUGUUUUUUUCAAAGUUGUGUCUUGAAGCCACGCUUUCAUGUUUCGCACGUGUCCUUGUUGUCCGUGAACGUUGUCUAGUGGCCCUUGGAAUUGCCAUGCUUGAUUCUGUCCUUUUCAUGCACGGCAUUAUUCUGGGGCUCCAGAACCACACGACUAGUGUUGCGUUUAUCUAGUUCAAGCAGAAACAGCUUGAAAACCGAUUUGAACGCUACAUUGUCUCCUGCGGCGUCCAGGAUCCCGAGAAAUGCUCACUCGUUGCUGCGGCCAUUUUUCUUGGGACUGCGCAGGGCCAGUUGUGUCAAAACAUUCCCACGGGAAUUUGGACACCGCGUGCAUAAUAAAACAGAUUGAUUUGUUAGGUUGAUUUGUUUUGCUCUUGCAUGACUUGGCCCUUGUGAAGCCACGUGCUUGCAACAAAAAGGCAUGUCUGAAGGGAAACUACACCUGUGAGAGCUCCUGCAAGAUGGUCUGGCUGACAUGUUGACUUGAUAACUGGACUAUAUAACCAGUAGUUGACAGACUUGAAAAAGUAGAACGUGCAGCUUUGACCUGCAAGGUGGAUUGCCGACAUUUGGUCAGACCGAUUUCGUGCUUGCAUCGCCCUGGAAGAAUGCCUAUGCAGAGCAGAUUGAAGGCUUCAGGACAGAAGCAACAGAUUAUAUGCCAAAACGGCUGUGACCCGCUUGAUAUGGCUCUUCACCUUUCAUACUCAGAAUGCAGACGUGUGGCUCUUCUCAGGUGUACUGGGAUGGAACAUCCACAAAGCCAGUGCAGGUUGUAUCACAAUAUUCAUGAGGAUCAGCUCUUCUUCCGGACAACCUACUUUGAGGCUUUUGAACGACUUGAGGAAGACAUCCAGGCAGUGCCUGACGAAUCCAUCAAGGAGGGUGGAAUCAUUUAUUCCUCUGGCGUCGGAAUUCUGCGUGGUUCACUUCGAGAUGGUGCGCCGUGGGUUGAGCAGCCUCCCCAAGUGGAUGUCAUAUGGUUUGGAUUGCCCUUGCAUCCUCACCAUGGCGAGCAGGAGAUCUAUUCCCAAGAAGAGGAGAUGAACUUGGUUUCUUCUACGUUGGAUCGGGUCUUUGCGUGGGCCUGUGCUCAUGGUGCUGACGCAGUCGUCAUGCCUCCAUUUGCCUGUGAUAUCGGUGGAUUGCUUCAUCCCAGGCUGCACUUUGCAGGUCUGGUCCACGAGGUCUCCAAGCUGCAUGAGCGUCACCUUCCAGUGGUUGGCAUUGCCUCUGAGCACCCUGCGCACUGCAAGGCAAGCUGGUGGGACGACUUUGCACAGGCUGCCAUAAAUGGGAGACCAGUGCCUCCCCCCCUUGUCCACGUGCCUCGGAUCCCUCUCAUGGCCGACAAACUCGUUGGCAAGGAUACAAGCGCUCUCCUGGAAAAAAGACGCGCGCAGCAAGGUGUUUGGUCAGUGCCAGGAAGCCGGCGCUUGCGGGCUUCCUUCGUUUGACUGCAAAGUAAACCAACAAAACAUAGACCGUUUAGACUCAAGUUUAGACCGUUCAAAGUUCCCUUUUCACGCUGUGAACGCAGUUCAUUACCCUCCGAAGAGCGGAGGGUUGCAAGGAAGACGUCAACAAGUGCACGUUAAUUUUUCUUUAUUGUUUCUGC